AUGUUGGGCAAGUUAUUCAGCCUUACCUCGGGGUCGGCCGCCGCUUCACCCUCUUCUCAGAAUAGUCAAGCAUCGACCAACGAGUCACCGGAGUCUGUCCAGGAAGAUAUCCACACCCGUAAUCUCUUGUUUCCAGAUACACAGACGCUUUACAGCCGUCAAGAUCAAGUGUUUCCACUUUCGACAUCUACGGCCUUGACGCCUGGCUCGCCGAGCAACUUUGAUUAUGAUGGGGAGGUAGAUCUUGAUGUUCGAGAUGUCCGGGUUAUUGUUAUGCAGGAUAGUCUGGGGACUACGAAUCCCUGUCUACUAUAUGACAGCCAUCCAGCACCACCUGUACCCCCGACGGAACCCCGCCAGUCACCAGGAGCUUCUCAUACCCAGUCAUUUGUGAAAGACCUUCGCCGAAACCCGGCGUCCUCCAGGAAAACAAGCUUGAGCUACUCGCGACCCAUGGUCAUCCAGCCAGACAGUCCGCAGCCACGCCAAGGAGCAUUUGACAGGCGGCCAUCGGUUCAGGCAAGGACCUUCACAUCGGCUGAAAAUGAGGCCCAACGUGCCGCCAGGGAAUACAGAGAGGAACUUUCGAGCUUUACCAGCUGUAUUUUCGCCAACACCGAGGUCAUGUCGUACAAGGGGACCUCUACGAAGGUCCACAUAGUGCCCAGUGACUCUCGGCCUGACGUUUCAAGCUCCUUUGCUGGUGAUGGCAAGGGGUCCAUCGGCAGAUCUAGCCUCCGAUCCAGCAGGCUUUCACAGUCCUUCACAGCUGAAUCUGCCUCUGCAGCCUUCUCAGCCGUAGUCGGAUCAAGCAGAUCAAAGGACCGGAAAAAGAUCCUCGUCACACGCUUAUUUCCAGUGAAUCUACCGAACGAUGACCCAGAGACACCAGGUACCGGUGUCACUCCGCAUAGUCGCCUUUCUGAAGAUGGCAGUGGAUUUCCUUUCCCGUGCUCCCCGGAUGAAUGCGGAGCCAAGAAAAAGAAAUCGCAACCGAAACAGAAACGAACACCUAUCCCAACCCAGCAGCCCCCAUCGGCAACAAAAAAUGCUUUUAAAGGUCCUAACUCUUACAAUGAACAGGACUCUUUCCCGUCUUCCUUUAACUCUGCCCGCCGGUCCGGAUGGACCAUGGUCAGUACUGGAUAUGGUUCUGACUCUAUAGACUCAGCUUACAGUAACGAGGUUGAAGAUAAAAUGGACGCAAUCACUCAGCAUUGGGAUAUCAUCAUGAGGACUCUAACACAUCUGCAAUCAGUCGUGGCAACGACGCUUUUUCCGAUGCUCAAACAGGCCGAUCAUAUGGCUCCUGACCCUCAUCAACCAUCUAUAGCUGCUCAAGUAGCCAGAAGUUCCUCAAUCAAUAGUCGAAGAGGAUCGAAUGCGUCCCAGAUCCAGAUGAAACCACCCAAAACGAACGCAAAGCUCAUUAGCCUUCCCCCAAACUGUCUGAUGAAUGAACAACAGAUCGCCCGCGAAAUCGACGCAGCCCGAGUACGAAUUGUCACCGGCCUCCGAGCAACGAGAGUAGUAACAGGCCAGGGACGGUGGGGCCCAUGGCGAGAGGAAGCACGAUGGGUUGCCAAAUACGCUGGCGGCAAGGAACAAGGGUUCUUCUUCUACAAGCUUCUGACAGGAUUUCUUGCGACGCACAUCGAUUGGCUGCAGGCGCUGAGUCCGGUCUGGUAUCGCAGACGCCACUACCAGCAACAGAAAGCAAAAAACGACGAAGACACCUCCUUGCCUUCUCGCACUAUUAUUAUAUCAAACGACAAAAUGGCAGCCCGCCGUCUCAUCUUCUUACUGUCCGCGUUCCUUCCCACCAACCAACAGUUGCCUACGAUUCGCCCUCAAGUUCGUAAUACGUCUGCGUCCUUCUCUCACUCGCCACCAUCUUUCAUUAUUCCGAUUCUAAAGGAAGAAUCACUUCGUCGAAAGAUUAAUCGUAGACCUGCCGCGCCUCGGGGAGCUUCCCACCAGCGAAGUUUCAGUAUACAGUCACAGGCUACCACGAGGUCUGCUAUCGGCAUCCCUGCACAACUAGAUCAUUUGAGCAUGGAUGCUCUCCACGGUAGGCGGCCUUCAGAUGCCACAUUGUUCAAGCCUACGGCAUUAUCGAGCCAUGGCAGUGAUGCGACUACCCGGAAAAGCAGCGCGGCCACAACCAACACUAUAGUUCCAGACGCUGCCGUCCCGCAUUUUGCCAGCAUCCACAGGACCAAUACUCGCCGCAGUCAUAGACCGGGUAGCAGCGGAAGCAUGGCAGCCGAUGAUUUGAAACGAACACUCAGGAGAGGUGAUAGUGUGGGACAAACUAGUAAUGUCAGUACAGAGUCUCAACGUCGCAGCUCGAAUUGGGGCAGUGUCAUCAGCGGCCUCUGGAGCGCUAGACGACGGGAAUCGAGCACCAGCACGACGCAUACACUCGAUUUUCCGUUGAGUCACGAUGGCCCUCUAGCUUCACCGGUUAGACCCCUCGGCAGAAAGGACAAACUUUCUGAAAUGGUUAGCGAAGAAUGUGCAGUGGAAACUCCGACAAAGGACGAGUUCGAUGGUCCUUUAGACAACGUGGAGGGACAGGUGACCCAUCCAGAUACUCCACGUACGCUUGAGCGAAGAGGGCAAAUGGCGCAAGACAUCGUGAAAAGGACCCCAGAUCCCUUGGGUGCCUUUGAAAGUCCUGUCAAGACUUCCAUUAGUGCUGACGAUGGGAUUAUCGACGUCGAUGUCCCCUUCCCGGAUUAUCUCACGUCAUUUACUGAAUCGGCAAUUAGUUCACCAUCCAGUAGUGGCUAUCUUUCUACUCCUGGCCUUGGGGCCGGUGGUGUCGAUAGCUUUGAGCAUUUUUCUCGAGUCGCUGUUGACGGCGAAGCUCCGCUGAAUGUCGCAGGAUGGCUACAGCAGUUCCAUCCAGAUUUCGCACUGCAGGCUGUUCAACCGCAACCAGAUCUGUUGGAAAAGAUCAAAGAAUCCCUUAAAGCGGAGCCAACGCCCUCAUACCAUGUUCAUCAACUACCAAUAGAAUGGCCUACAGAGCAAUGGGUAGAUGUGAGCAGUGCGAUUGUCGCUGAUACCACGACUUUUACGAUCAAGCGAAUUCGAUUUCGCCGACUCGUGAAGCCGAAAAUGCCUGCUAAUAGGGGUGGCAUCCAAAAUCAUUCGAGCUCUACCAACCCUUAUAGCUCUUCUAUUAUGACGCCAGCUCUGUCGCCUUACGAGCAACCGCUCGAAGAGAGCAUGGAGGAGGAAACGCUCUACACCUGGGACGAGGCUUUGAUCGACGCCGUUGAGAAGGUCACUGCACAUAUGGUGCUGGGCAGCCAGGAUAGUUCCACGACGAAUUCCUCGAGAUCUGUUAGCAAAAGACGAGAACGAAGCGACAGUGAUGCUUCUGAGUCGGAGCUACCCAAACUUACCGCGAGCCAUGCCGAUAUUCCAGAGGUACCGCGCGCCGAAUGCAAGACUGUGGUUCUCUCCGCCCUUGAGAACAUUGUCCAGGAGGUGGUUGACCAACGGGAAAAAGAGAACCACACGCCUGGCAACAAAGCGGAACGUACUCAAGCAGCCCUUUGCACUGUUCAGGGUAGCGGUGUUGAGCAGCACAAUCUGCAGGUUGUUCGACUUUGA